UUUUUUUCUUCUGCUUUCUCUUUUCUAACUUUCUCAAAAUGUCACCCACUCCUGUUUAUCAGCGUAUUGCUCUUGGUGAUAUCACUAUCAACAACAUUGGUCAAUUACGUAAACUCAAUAGUGUUCUUUUCCCUAUUGAAUACAAAGCUUCCUUUUAUGAAGAAGUACUUCACGUUGGAGAAUUCGCUAAACUAGUGUAUUAUAACGAUGUAUGUGUAGGAUCAGUAUGUUGUAGAAAGGAAGUUGCUCAAGACGAUCAAACCAACUUGUAUAUCAUGACCUUGGGUGUUUUGAAACCUUAUAGACGGUUAGGAUUAGGGGAUCAAUUAUUGGAACAUAUUUUAAAGGAAGCAAGUGAUAAAGAAAAUAAGAUCAACAAGGUCUAUUUACAUGUACAAACCAAUAACGACGCUGCUGUGGCCUUUUACAAGAAACAUGGAUUUGAAAUUACUCGAACGGACAAGGACUAUUAUAAAGAAGUGGAACCUAGAGAUGCAUAUGUGCUUGAAAAACUUAUUGUUUGAUCUAUUUACUCUCUUUCGUUUUAUUGCUGUUAUUAUCUUUAUUCCAAACUACAAUAAAAACCGCUUUUUUUUUGUGUGUGUGUAUCAUUAUUCAGUCUUUUUGUUAUCUUUAUCAUUUAUUAUAGAAUUUCGGCAUCUCCAUAUCUAUUCUUUAUCCAUGGUCUAUCAUCAUAUAUCAUUCAUUUUCACAUACCAGAUCAUUCAC